AUGCGGUUCACCACCUCCACCGCCGCCAUUGCUGCGUUUGCAGUCUGUCUUCUAGCCCCGUCGACAAAGUCCUCCCCCGUAAAAAACCAGCCCUCGGCGCACGUCGAGAACUUGCCAAAUGCUGCCCAGCAGCAGCAAGUGAUCCAGACGAACCAGGAGCAGCCAAAGAAACUCAAGGGGAGGUUUCUUCACAUCUCAGAUGUACACCCAGAUCCGUUCUAUGUUGCCGGAUCAGAUCCUAUGCAGCGUUGCCACCGCGGUUCGGGCAAUGCCGCUACGCUUGGCGCUGAGACUUCGGAUUGUGAUACGCCAUUCACGCUGGUGAAUGCGACGUUUAAGUGGAUCGAGGAGAACCUGAAGGAUGAGGUUGAUUUUGUUAUCUGGACCGGCGAUUCAGCGCGCCACGACAACGAUGCCAAUAUCCCUCGUUCGGAAAUCCAGAUCCUUGACCUGAACCGUCGCAUCUCGGACAAGAUGUUUGCGGUAUUUGGAAAGCCCGAUAACCUUGGUGAUGACGACCCGACGAACGACCUGAUUGUGCCAAUCAUCCCGACCCUUGGAAACAAUGACAUCUUCCCGCACAACAUCAUGACGGCCGGCCCAAACAGGGUCACCAGGGAGUACUCGGACAUCUGGCGCAGGUUUAUCCCACAGGACCAGUACCACGUGUUUGACAAGGGAGCGUACUUCUGGACUCAGGUUGUUCCCGGAACGAAUGGAAAGAUGGGAUUGGGCAGUCAGGGUGGACUUUCGGUCAUUUCCCUCAACACAAUUUAUUUCUUUGGAUCUAACGCGGCAGUUGAUGGAUGCGAUGUCAAGGGCGAGGCCGGUUACGAGCAGAUGGAGUGGCUGAAGGUCCAGUUGGCGUUGAUGCGUGACAUCGGCAUGAAGGCAAUCCUGAUCGGGCACGUUCCACCAGCUUGGACAAGCACCAAGCAAAGUUGGGAUGAAACAUGCUGGAAGAAAUAUGUUUUGUGGUCUAAGCAGUACCGCGAUGUCAUUGUUGGCUCUAUUUAUGGCCACAUGAAUCUCGAUCAUUUCUUGCUUCACGACAGUGACGAACUCGAGCCUCCACACGAGGAUGAGAUCAGACGCCCCAAGAAGCCGAGAAAGAAGACCAAGGUUUCUUGCACCGGACACCCGAGCUGUGUAGAGGAGGAACCAGAGCGAGAAGAUGAGGUCAUGCAAUUCGACGAGGAGAACCCUACAUUCACCGCAUCGAAUGCCGAGACCUACCUUCACUCACUCCGCGAGGCCUUCUCAUACCUCCCCAGUCCCAUUAACGUGGUCGGUUCCAGCGCAGACGAAGUCGAAGCCGCAAGCCGCAGCUACUCAAAGAAGAUUGGCGGCAAAUGGGGUGAGCGCUACAUUCUCUCGCUCGUCGGACCCAGCGUCGUUCCCAACUACUUCCCGACAUUGAGAGUGGUCGAGUACAACAUCACCGGUCUUGGUGAGUCCCAAAACGAUAACGAACUCGGACCUGGCCCAAUUGAGGACGAUGUCGACACCACCACAGCAACUGUCACAAAGAAGAAGAAGAAGGAACCUGGUGUCCCAGACGGACCAUCAAAGACUUCUCCCCCCGGCCCCGCUUACUCCAUGCAGCCAUUCACAUGGUUGGGAUACACUCAGUACUAUGCCAACAUGACCAGGAUCAAUGGAAGGCAGCCGGAGAAGGAGGAGGAUGAGGCGGAGGCACACCACAAGAACCUUGAGCUCAGAGAUGUCGAGGACCGCGAAUUUAGAUACCAGGUCGAGUACAAUACUAGAACCGACAAGACCUACAACUUGAAGGACAUGACGGUCAAGAACUACUUGAAGCUCGCGCAAGAGAUUGUCGAUGCCACCCUUAGAGACAGCCGGAAGACGAAGAAGGCUGGCGAAAAGGUUGAUGGCACUGACGUCGAGGAAUACGAAGAGGAAGAGGAGGAGGUAGAAGAUGUAGAAGAGGAAGGCGAGGAUGUAGACGCCUCAAAGAAGAAGAAGAACAGAGACAACAAGAGGAAGCACAACCACAACAUUAAGAAAGACAAGAUCUGGCAUGCCUUCGUCACUAGAGCUUUCGUUAGCACCAUCAAGGGCAAGGAGUUUUCAGAAUCGCCGCUCAUUGCCACCACCGAGUCUUCCUGA